AUGAAUGUGGAAGAGACAGAUGUUGCAACAGGUGUCACCAGAUCUGGAAGAAUUUACACUUCUGAAAAUUUGGUUCAGGGAAGCUCUAGCAAAUCCAAAGCACCAGUCUUAGAGCUUGAAGAUCAGGGUAUUUGGAAAAAGGUUCAAGCUAAAGAAUACUCUGUCAUUGAGCAGCUGAGUAAAACUCCAUCCCAAAUAUCAAUUCUGGCAUUACUGCAAUCUUCCGAAACUCAUCGAAAUGCCCUUCUGAAGAUCCUUGGUGAAGCUUAUGUCCCAUCUAACAUCACUCAUGGAGAGGUAUCCCAAAUGGUGGGGCAGGUCUUUGAGGCCUACAAAAUAUCUUUUCACAAGGAUGAGCUGCCACUCGAAGGAACAACCCAUAAUAAAGCUCUGUACAUUUCGGUUCAGUAUCAGGAUAAGGUGAUAAACAAAGCAUUAGUUGAUGCAGGUUCAGGUUUAAACAUUUGCCCUCUGAGUACACUGACAAGGCUGGGUGUGGAUAGUGCAAAAAUUCAGACAUGGAAGAUGAAUGUGAGGGCAUUUGACGGCUCUCAGAGAGGCACUAUUGGGGAGAUAACCUUGGACAUGCUCAUUGGUCCUGUCACUUUCCCCAUAGAUUUCCAAAUCUUGGACAUCCCUUCAUCAUACAACUUAUUGUUGGGACGCCCAUGGAUUCAUAUGGCUGGAGCGGUCCCAUCUACUCUUCACCAAUGCUUGAAGUUUGAAUGGGAUUACGAAGAGGUUGUAGUCCAUGGAAAAAAAGGGCAUCCUGUAUACACGAUUGAAGGAAGAGAGAAUAUGGAUGGUGAAAUGUACCAUACCGUGGAGCUUGUUGGUAAUAUCGAGUUGCAACCUUGGUUCAGCCAAAAAAUCAUAGAUAUGAUGGCCUGGUUCGGUUUCGAGCUUGGGAAAGGUUUGGGGGCUGAAUUGCAAUGGAUAGUCGAACCUAUACAGCCUGUUCGACAUUCCACCACUUUUGGCUUGGGAUAUAAGUACACUACCGAAGAAUGGCUCGAUUGGCAACCACCUAGAGAGGGUAUUGAUGAGAUCUCAGACGACUUGAACGGGUUGUCGCUAACCAAAGAAGAGGGGAAAGUUUGCAACGUCGUGAUCAACGAGGAAGGGAAAGGGGGCCCUAGUGGAAGCAAGGAAGCAAAGAUCAGCGUCAGCAAGUGGACCUCGACUCCAUCCAGACCUCGUCGAGCAUCUGGCCAAAUUCACUAUAAAAAUGUCGAAUCUGAGACUAUAGCAUACAAUGAGACUGCUCAACUUAACAUUAAUGACUUAGAAGAAGUCGAAGACAGUGAGGUUCCCAAGGAGUUAAUCAAAAGGGUUGAAGAAUUAGAGGAAAAACCCAAUCCAAACUUGGUAGAGACAGAAAUGGUGAAUUUGGGAAAUGCAGAGGUGAUACAAGAAACCCGAGUAAGCAUCCAUAUGACAAAAGAAGACAAGAAAGAGUAUACCGAGUUUCUCAUAGAGAAUAAGGAUAUUUUUGCGUGGUCCUACGCAGACAUGACAGGGCUAAGUACUUCAAUCGUAGCACAUCGACUGCCCACUGAUCCAGCAUGUCCUCCGAUAAAACAGAAGCUGAGAAAAUACAAGCCCGAGAUGAGUCUGAAAAUCAAAGAAGAAGUAUCAAAACAAUUAGAUGUUGGGAUACUCCAAGUGACAGAAUACCCAACUUGGCUUGCAAAUGUCGUUCCAGUGCCCAAGAAAGACGGCAAGGUCAGAGUUUGCGUGGAUUACCGAGAUCUCAAUAAAGCUAGCCCUAAAGAUAACUUUCCCUUACCAAACAUACACAUACUGAUUGACAAUUGUGCUAAGCACGAAACUCAGUCAUUUGUGGAUUGCUUUGCCGGCUAUCAUCAAAUUGAGAUGCACAAAGACGACGCUGAGAAAACUGCCUUCAUCACGCCGUGGGGCGUCUAUAACUACAAGGUGAUGCCUUUUGGAUUAAAGAACACUGAGGCUACGUACAUGAUAGCAAUGACUACUUUGUUUCAUGACAUGAUCCAUAAGGAAAUUGAAGUUUAUGUGGAUGAUGUCAUCAUCAAAUCAAAGGAAAGUUCAAAUCAUCUGGAGGACUUACGGAAAUUCUUUGCCAGGCUACGCAAGUACAAUUUGAAACUGAAUCCGGCAAAAUGCGUCUUUGGUGUACCUGCUGGAAAGCUUUUAGGUUUCAUUGUCAGUCGUCGAGGUAUAGAAUUGGACCCAUCAAAGAUCAAAUCCAUUCGUGACCUUCCCCUGCCAAAGAGCAAGAAGGAGGUAAUGAGUUUCUUAGGGCGACUUAACUACAUUAGUCGUUUCAUCGCUCAGUUUAUUGUCAUCUGUGAACCUAUCUUCAUGCUGUUAAAAAAGGAUGCUGCGGUGAAAUGGACAAGCGAAUGUCAACAGGCAUUUGACAAGAUCAAAGACUAUCUAUCCAAUCCUCCUGUAUUGGUUCCACCAGAGUCAGGUAGACCAUUACUUUUGUAUAUUUCAGUAUUGGAUAAUGCUUUCAGUUGCAUCUUGGGACAGCACAAUGAAACAGGGAGGAAGGAGAAGGCAAUAUAUUAUAUGAGCAAGAAGUUCACAUCGUGCGAAGCCCGAUACUCUCUAUUAGAGCGUACCUGUUGUGCUCUAACAUGGGUCUCCCAAAAGUUACGACAUUACCUCUCAUCGCACACUACUUAUCUGAUUUCAAAGAUGGAUCCUUUGAAGUAUAUCUUUCAAAAGCCCAUGCCCAAAGGUAAACUGGCAAAAUGGCAGAUAUUGUUGAGCGAGUUUGACAUAGUGUAUGUCACGCAAGAAGCAGUGAAAGCACAGGCAUUAGCAGACCACAUGGCAGAGAAUCCCGUGGACGAUGAUUACAGGCCGUUGAAGACCUACUUCCCAGAAGAGGUAGCCUUUGUGGGAGAGGACAUUUCUGAAGAAUAUGAUGGAUGGAGAAUGUUCUUUGAUGGAGCUAAAAAUCUGAAUGGAUCCGGCAUCGGGGCUGUUUUGAUCUCACCCACCGGGCAACAUUAUCCAGUAUCAGCAAAACUCAGAUUCCUUUGCUCAAAUAAUAUGGCCGAAUACGAAGCCUGCAUACUAGGUCUCCGACGGGCGAUUGACUUGGAUGUCCAGGAAAAGCUAAUAAUAGGGGAUUCAGAUCUAUUGAUCCAUCAGGUUCGAGGUGAUUGGGCAACAAAAAAUCGAAAGUUGUUGCCAUAUUUGGAUUGCGUGCAUAGGCUAUGUAAAAGGUUUGUCAAAACAGAAUUCAGACAUGUACCAAGGGUCCAAAAUGAAUUCGCAGACGCCUUAGCUACUCUGUCUUCUAUGAUUCGACACCCUGAUCACAAUUACAUCGAUCCUAUUCACAUUCACAUACAUGAACAACCAGCUUAUUGUUUCCAUGUUGAGGAAGAGCCUGAUGGAAAGCCCUGGUACAAUGACAUUAGAGGAUAUUUGAAGAGUGGUGAAUACACAGAAGAUGCAACAAAUGUACAAAAGCGUACAAUUCGAAGGUUAGCAACCCAAUUCUUUUUAAGUGGGGAAAUCCUCUAUAGGAGAACUCCCGAUUUGGGGCUGCUAAGAUGCGUCGAAGCAAGAGAGGCUCGCAGGCUGGUCGAAGAGAUACAUGCAGGCACCUGUGGCCCUCACAUGAACGGUUUUACAUUAGCAAAGAAGAUUCUGAGAUCAGGAUAUUAUUGGCUAACUAUGGAGACAGACUGCAUUCGCUACGUCUAGAAAUGCCGUCAAUGUCAGACUCACGCAGAUAUGAUUCGAGUACCCCCCAACAAACUCCAUGUCACUAGUUCACCUUGGCCGUUCGCAGCAUGGGGCAUGGAUGUCAUUGGUCCAAUCGAGCCAACAGCAUCCAACGGGCACAGAUUCAUUCUUGUCGCAAUUGACUAUUUCACCAAGUGGGUUGAGGCCACCUCCAAUAAAUCAGUGACAAAGAAAGUUGUGGAUGACUUUGUCAAAAAUAACAUUAUUUGUAGGUUUGUAAUUCCUGAGUCAAUCAUCACCGACAACGGCACCAACCUAAACAGUGACCUAAUGAGAUAAAUGUGUGAGAAGUUCAAGAUCAGUCAUCGAAACUCUACAGCAUACAGGCCACAGAUGAACGGGGCUGUUGAGGCAGCAAACAAAAACAUCAAAAGGAUAUUGCGCAAGAUGAUCGAUAAUCACAAACACUGGCAGGAAAAGCUACCUUUCGCAUUGCUGGGGUAUCAUACCACAAUCAGAACUUCCACAGGGGCCACACCUUACUUCUUAGUAUACGGCACUGAAGCUGUGAUACCCGCCGAAGUAGAGAUACCUUCCCUAAGGAUCAUCCAAGAAGCAAAGUUGAGUGAUGCUGACUGGAUACAAGGUCGGGCAGAGAAUUUGGCAUUAAUAGAUGGAAGAAGAAUUAACGCCAUUUGUCAUGGCCAGCUCUAUCAAAAUAGAAUGGCCAGAGCUUUCAACAAGAAGGUUAAACGCAGACAUUUCUCACCUGGGCAACUGGUUUUGAAGCGGAUUUUCCCAAAUCAAGACGAGGCAAAGGGUAAAUUUUCACCAAACUGGCAAGUUCCGUACAUAGUCUCUCGAGUACUGACAGGCGGAGCCCUCAUACUUGCAGAAAUGGAUGGAGAAGUUUGGCCAAAACCUAUCAAUUCAGAUUCUGUGAAAAAAUAUUACAUCUAG